AGUAAUGAAUAUUCAAUUUCACGAAUGAUAGAAUGUGAAAUUAAAUAUUUUUGAAAAGAUACAAGGUGUAUAAAUUUUUGACUUGUAAUAAAACGUUUUCUGUUAAUUUAGUGAAAAUACCUGAUAUGAAUGUCGCUUGUUUGGUCAAUAAUAAGAGUACUCCUAAUAUGGUGUUUUUUCCAUAAAAAGGAAGUUGACUUUGGAUCAUUGCUUCAAAAUUGUUCAAGUAGCCAAUCAAGAUUAGUCAGAAAUAUAAUUGGUCGCAAAUGGAUUCCUUUACUAAAAAAAUAUCAUGUGGAUAUGCCCUUUGAAUGUCCCUUUCAUCUCAAUAGGGAUGUUUUCAAAGUUAAACAGGAGUCCAGAGUGGAGUAUAGAGUAAACCAAUGGUAUUGCAAAGUGUGUGGCAAGACGUUUCUCACUGAAAAUCAUUUUGAUAAUCAUUUUGACUUGAAGCAUUUGACCUUACUAUCGAUUUCUGAACAAUCGAUUUGUCUUGCUAAUUAUUGCGAUAUAAUGCGUUGUGAUGCGGAAAAUUUUAGAGUUUUGAAAAAGGAAGAGAAUCAAAAAUUUAUAACUGACCUCGAAAUUUGGACCAGCAACAAAAAAAAUAGUAAACAAAACGAUAUUAAACAACUGGUGAAAAUUAAACAAUCGAAAUCUGCAAGUGCACUUAACAGAAAAGAACUUGCUUAUAAGAAGCUGAUUAAAACAAACAACGGGAACUUAAAAGCAAAUCAAAAAGAAAACAUAUUGUCCUUACAUCAAAAUGAAAAUAAUGAUACUAGGUUCAAAAAGUCACACCCUCAAGAUGUUGAUCUUGAUAUAAAAAGUAUAAAACACGAAUGUGUUCCUCAUAAAUUGAAAGCUUUGAAAAAUCAGUGUGAAGAAAUCCUUAAAAUUUGUCUAGGUGGCUUACUGCCUCAUAUGUCAGUUGAUGAAUUUGUUCUUUUACAUGAAGAAAUUUAUCAUUCAUCUUGUUUUUACUUGAGAUGUGAUAAAUAUUGGGAUGACAACAGUACCACGCAUUCUAACAUUCCUUUUGGAUUAAUAUUUAUACUUAUUAUUGUGUUAUCAAGUGGUGGUUGUUUAUGUUAUUACAUAAUUUGGAUUCUUUUUGAAAGUGACCAUAGUGACGUAAAUAAAUUAAAAGAAAUCAAUAUCGAUUGGCAUGAGAUGGAUAAAGACGGUAUGACAUUAGUCACAAAUGAUAAAAACAAUAUUCCAGCACUAGAUCGAGAGUCAAAUGACCACUAUAUUUAUAUUUCAUAUCCAGUGAAAGCUAACAAGAAAAACUUCAACAGUUAUUACAGCAGAACGACUCAUUUAUAAAUCAAAAUUAUCUUAAAAAUAAAUAAAUAAUGUUCAGGAAAACAAAAUCAGUUAUCAAUUGAAGACCGCAAUUUUUUCCACUACACCUUCU